CCAAUGCCAAACGCUUCUCCCACCUUCCCUUCCUUUUAUUAGGGCAUUUGGCUUCUCCCAGUUUCGUUCAUUCCAACACCACAGCUUACUUCCGUUUGCUCUCCUCCUCCUCCUCCUCCUCCUCUUCCCUUUCCAAGACAAACAUGGGCAAUUGUAUUGCUCUCUCCAAACCCAAUAGAGAAAUCUUAUGGGAUGACUAUUUGGAAGAUCAUAGAACCCUAAGGAUCGUGAAGACUGAUGGCAAGGUGCUAGAAUAUUAUGGAGAGUCUAUCCUUGUAAGGGACCUUCUACUAGAUUUUCAUGGUUAUGGAGUCGGUGUCUCACAGCAAGCAUCACAACAUCUACCACCAGAUCAUGAACUAAGGACUGGAAGUGUGUACUACCUUCUUCCUUUGGGUGCAACUAGUCUCACCUCUAAAGAUGAAGGUCCUUUGUCCGAGGACACAAACGUUCUGGGUAGCAGCUGUAAGAGAAUUAAGGUGGUCAUAAAAAGGCAAGAGCUUCAGGAGCUGCUUUCCAAGACGAUUUCGGUUGAGGAAGCACUGUCGAGAAUUUUAAAAAUGGAGGAUCACAGCUUUCAUAAUAGUCCCAGGAGCUGGAAGCCGCAGCUAGAGACCAUACUUGAGGGUAGCGAAUAUAGCUAGAGGUUGUUAGAUUGGAUCAUUAACUUACCACCAGUAUAGAAAAAAAGUCAAUUAGGAGAGAGUUUACAAAUUAACAUGAUGCAUGUAUUCAGUAUGUUGAAAGCAAAUUAAGUCCAUGGCCUUGUUUUACAUUGCUGAAGCUUGCAUGAAUAAUAUUCUAAUUUCAAGAGGCUUAUUGUUCACCAACCAAUCCUUAGUGUCGUGAAAUUUUUGAGAAAUUGAAAAAUUCUCAUGGCCGGCUCCGGUGACAAUGAAGAAAUAAAAUGAAAAAUGUACUAAAAUUU